AUGUCGGCGAUACUCUCGCCCCGCCGCCUCCUCCUCCGCCUCCCCUCCAAAGCCAGCUCUACAAUAUGUCCCAGCUGCACCCGUCGAAUAACCUCCUUCUUCCCAUCCCACAAACCCAAAGGACCCUCCUCCUUCCAACUGACCCUCCGUCGAACCUACUCCCAACAACAACGACAGCAGCAAUACCAACAACCGGGCGACAACCCCAACUUCUCCUCAGUCCUCGACCAACCGGCCCGUCUGGUCCGUACAAACCGUCGUCACCGACCACUAGGCCUCAUAAUCCUCGCGUUAAUCCCCUUAACCGCAUUCGCAUUGGGCACCUGGCAGAUCCAACGAUUAAACUGGAAAACCUCGUUAAUAGCACGAAGUGAAGAUCGACUCUCUCGACCACCGUUACCUUUACCGCCGGUAUUAGACGUAACAGCCCUACCGGAUUUUGAUUAUAGAAGAGUAGCGACUAGAGGAAAGUUUUUGCAUGAUAAAGAGAUAUUAUUGGGUCCUAGGUUGUAUGAUGGGGAGAAUGGGUAUAUUGUUAUUACACCGUUGGAUAGGUCUUUAGAUCAUGCGAGUACGAUUUUGGUAAAUAGAGGGUGGAUUUCGAAGGGGCUUGCGGAUAAGAGGAAACGGUGGAGGGUUGGUGGGGAGAGGGCUUUACCGUCUGGUGAGGUGCUUGUGGAAGGAUUGUUGAGGGAACCUCCUAAGAAGAAUAGUUUUACACCGGAUAAUAAACCGGAGGAAGGGAAAUGGUAUUUUCCGGAUGUUAAGGAGAUGGCGGGGUGGACGGGUGCUCAGGAGGUUAUGGUUGAGGAGACUAUGGAUCAUACGAUUCUGGCGAUAAUGGACAGACAGUCUAAGGGUGUUCCUAUUGGAAGGGUGCCGGAGGUUAAUCUCAGGAAUAAUCAUUUCCAGUAUAUUGUUACUUGGUACUCCCUCGGCAUCGCAACUUCGAUAAUGUUCUACCUCGUUAUCCGACGGCCUCCGAGAGAUAUAACUAAGAAAGUCCGUCUUCAAAAGGAUUGGGCUUAA